AUGGCAGAUCCUCCAUGGCCCACCGUCCUCGCCAUACGCGUACCAGCACACCUAAAAAAACGGCACAUUAAGUGUGACGAGGGCAAGCCUCAUUGCAUGAACUGCCUCAAGACCCGUGGUGUCUGUGAUGGCUAUGCCAUCAAGCCGAGGAAGACGAGAGGGAAGGCUCCGAAGGACCUGGAACCCUUGAACCCCGUAUCAUCAUGUCGCCGGGCCAGUCCCCGCCUGCGCAUCCGGGAACCCAAUGUGAACACCCUCGAUUUUGCCGAUGAUAUGCAAAGCGUCUACUUCAACGACUGGAACGAAUUAGUUCGCGUCUCACUCGGCGGCGCUCACUUCUCUAGGACCAACCUCUGGACAACCACGAUGCCUCAGCUCACCCGCCGAAACUCAGCUCUGCGACAAGCGGCUAUGAGCAUCGGGGCUAUCAGCAGGGCACUGUCUUCGCAGGGCUCACCUUAUGUCGUGGCGAGAAAUUUUGGUAACAUCGCCAACCUCCUGCAGAGCCCGCACUAUCAGAAUGCCAUUGUCUACUACUGCCAGGCACUUCGUCUACAAGGGCAGGCCGACUUCCAGACUGCCAGCAUCCAAGAGGCGGUGCUUUUGUCCAUACUCUUCGUCGCAUUUGAGGCCUUGCGGGGGAACCGACACUCGGCUCUUCAGCAUGUCAAGUUUGGCUUCGUGUUGUUGCAGGAGUUGCUCACCAGCGAGGACUCGGAUCAUCGCAUCUGGAACCUCGCGCCCGACCCUAGACAACUCAUUACCGAAAUUCUGGAUCUAUAUAACCAUCUCGACGUACAAAGUCGCACCGUGCUCAGUGGCCAUGUGAAGUCAAGCCGGUCACCGGCCUACGAACUCAUCAAAGGCCUCAAAGCCAGAGGCCAUACUAUUGAGACGUACAACAUGCAGAUACAACGCUAUACUGACCCAGGGGAAGGAAGAAAAGCAAUGCCGGAGGUGUUCAGCAACGCUGAAGACGCAUACUUUUGGUGGCAAACCUGCCAGCGACGAAUCGCCAAGCUUGGUCCUCUCUUGCUGACUGUCAUCGACGAUCUCAAAGUUGAGGAGAUCAAUGAUGAAGCCGGCAUCGAUCAACUACUCGAGAUGAUGCAAAACCAGCCUGAACUGCUAGCGUACUGCGAAAAAUCGGUCGCAAAUCUUCAGCAGUGGCGACACGCUUUCGAGCCGCUCUACAACAAGACAUUGUCCGACAAGAACAUCUCACGUAAAGAGUAUCUCAAGAUCUUGCAUCUUCGUAUGCACUACCUCGUCAUGUUUCUAUACAGCUUCUUUCCCAAAUACGCCGACGAAGCUACCAUCGCGUCCAUGACACCGUACUGUCGGGAGAUUAACGACGUCAUCGAGAUCCUGCUUCGUGAGCAGCAGAAAGACUUCAAGACUCCCGCACACGUCUUCUCAAUGGAGUUCGGCCUGGCCUGGCAGCUCACCGUCGUCGCUAUGACGUGCCGUGAUCCCUUGGUUAGGGAUAACGCGACGCGCAUCCUCGAAAUGUACCCGCGGAAAGAAGGGCUCUGGGACAGCAAGGCUUUUUUGGCCGUGCUGAAAAAGAACCGCGAGCUAGAGGCAGAGAAUGCUAGAGAGGGAACACUGGCGGAACAAUGGAGGCGGCUGUGUAGAAGGGAAUUCAUCUUUGAAGAUGCUGGAGAGACCAUUAUCUUUCGCUCCUUAAAGAAAAAGGAAGAAACCGGCGAGUGGGACCUAGUUGAAGAGACCGCCGAGUUCAAGGGAGAAGUUGAUACUCUAGAGUGGAAGGUAAGGCCGGUAAGCGGCCAGGGUCUUAUUAUGACCGGCAUCAGUUAA